AUGGGACGUUUCCAAAACCUCCUUUUCACAUUCUUCUUUCUCAGCAUUACCAUUUUUGUUAUUCCAAAAUGUUUCGAACCAAUUGAAGUAGCCGAAUACGAAGGGCCGCCAAGUGAUCUCAUGUAUGCGUUUGUCGUCGUCACAAAGCUGUUACUCUACGUCCCAUUGAUCUUCUUGAUUUCUGAUAUCAUGGUGUCGCUGGUGAUGAUUGUCUGCCUGAUGAUCGAUUUUCCGCAAUUGAGACCACACUUCCUGAAGUUCUGGUGA